AUGGUAGCCGAAAGUACCGUUAUCUGUGUCGACGACAGCGAGUAUAUGCGCAACGGUGACUUCCUUCCGAAUCGCCUGCAAGCGCAGGAGGACGCUGUAGGCAUCGUCUGCCAAUCCAAGACUCAGUCGAAUCCGGAGAAUAACGUCGGCCUGCUCACGAUGGCCGGACCGCAAGUUUUGAACACCCUCACCACAGACGUGGCACGCCUGUUGUCCAAGCUGCACCAAGUGCAACCCAAGGGCAACAUCAACUUCAUCACGGGCGUACGCAUCGCCCAUCUCGUGCUCAAGCACCGCCAGGGUAAGCAGAACAAGAUGCGUAUCGUGGUCUUCGUCGGCAGCCCCCUGGAGAUCAGGACGACGGACCUUGUCUCUCUCGCCAAAAGCCUCAAGAAGGAGAAGGUGAGCGUGGACGUCGUCAACUUCGGCGAGGUAGACGCGAACACGGAGAAGCUGGAGAGCUUCAUCAGCACGCUCAACGGCGAAGAGGGCACCGGCUCUCACCUGGUCACAAUUCCGACGGGGCGCGAUACCCACCUGUCCGACGCGCUCGUCAGUUCCCCGGUGGUCCAGGGCGAAGAUGGCAUGGUAAUCGUGCCCUCCGGCUCUGGAGGCUUUGAGUUCGGCAUCGACCCAAACGAUGACCCCGAGCUCGUACUGGCAUUGCGCGUAUCUAUGGAGGAGCAGCGCCAACGCCAGGAGGAGGCCAGGCGGGCAGGGGCCGACUCAGUACCCAAGGAUGCGAGCAUGACUCCACAGCUGCCCCCAGUUGACGAAGUGGCUGUGGUAUCUAGCGAAGAAAGGCUUCUGGAGCGAGCGCUUGCCAUGUCCAUGGAGACCGAUCCUGCUCCGGCCACGGCAAAAUCUACCACUCCCAACUUUUUCCCAGACAUUGCGGCGAUGACGGAGGAAGAACAGUUCGCGUUCGCUGUACAAAUGUCCAUGCAGCAGCAGGCCAAGUCUCCUGACGACGUGGUCACAGAGCUCCCAGCCGCGGCUGCUCGCGAAGGGGGUAAGACGGAUGAGUGCAAGAAGAAAGAGCAGGAGAAGAAGGAAGAGCAGGAAAAGAAGGAAGAGCAGGUGAAGGAAGAGCAAGAAAAGAAGGAAGAGCUGGGAAAGAAAGAGGAACCGGAAAAUAAAGAGGAUGAAAACAAACAGGCAGGGACUGAGGAAAAGGGAGAGUAUGAGAAUAAGGAAGAGACCGCCAAAAAGGGCAAGUCCGAGGAGUCCAACAAGUGA